AUGCCAAAGCCUAGUGCCUUCAACAAAGGAAAGAGCGCAGACGACCAGACUUCCAGAGCUAGUGCUAAAGCUAGCAGCUCAUCCGACAUGGCAGAAACAAUUCCUGAUGCCGCUCUUUCCAUGUGCCGUGAGAUGUGUAAAGAAAUGUCUGAAUCCAUUCUGCAAGGUGUAAAUGCACGCUUUGAUGCCUUCAAAUUUAAUUUUCAAAAGCUUAUGGCAACCCAGGCCAAGCUACAAACCCGGAUGGCCAACCAAGAGCUGGCGACCAACGACUUCGAGGUGAGGCUUAAAGAGCUGGAAUCUAGGUACUCGGAGCUGUCUAAACAAAACAGCCAGCUCCAGGCUAAAGUCAUGGAUCUAGAAGCUCGGUCCAGACGUUACAACAUCAAGAUUGUGGGUGUACGGGAAGGAAAAGAAGAAGUUACAGGUAUAUCUGUCAGCAUCUCCACCUUCAGUCUGGUGGCCAUUGCUAUUGAAAGAUACAGUGCUAUUUGCAACCCACUGAAGUCAAGAGCAUGGCAGACCCGUUCUCAUGCCUAUAAGGUCAUCGCUGCCACAUGGGUCCUCUCUGUAGCUAUUAUGGUGCCCUAUCCUGUGUUCAGUAUACUGGUGCCAUUCAACAAGAUGAACAACAUCACAGCUCACAUGUGCAGACUUGAAUGGCCCAUCAGCCAAGUGGAACAGACAUGGUACGUCUUGUUGCUGUCCAUUCUGUUCUUCAUCCCAGGAGUGGUGAUGAUAAUUGCCUACGGUCUCAUAUCCAGAGAACUUUACAGAGGGAUUCAAUUUGAGCUGGAGCAGAAAAAAGACUCCAGUGGUGUAAAGAAUGGGUUGAAUGGUGGAUUGUCAUCUUGCCAUGAUGAGAGCGAUGGAUGUUAUAUACAGGUCUCAAAGAAACCUCCCGCUAUGGAACUUUCAGCUUUGACCACCUCAGGCACAGUCAAGACAGACCGUCCACGAAGCAACACCUCAGAGGCCAAACUCAUUGCCAAAAAACGAGUGAUCCGAAUGCUGAUCAUUAUAGUUGCCAUGUUCUUUGUAUGUUGGAUGCCUCUAUACUCUGCCAACACCUGGAAGGCUUUCGACCAAAUAUCUGCUCAGCGUGCACUUUCUGGAGCUCCCAUCUCCUUCAUUCAGCUGCUCUCCUAUACCUCAGCCUGCGUUAACCCAAUCAUCUACUGCUUCAUGAACACCCGCUUCCGAAAGGCUCUCUUGGCUACCUUCGGGUGUUGCAGGCGGCCGUGCCACAAUCACAGGAAGAGGAGGGAAGGUGAUGAUGAGAUCACUGGGGUCACAGGGGCUUCCAUAUCCAAGUUCAGUUAUACAACUGUUAGCACGGUAGGGCCAUGUUAGCAUUGCGGGUGUUUCCAAUUUGAUCCAAGAGCCAUGUGUUUGUCAUGUAUUGCUCGUUUAGGAGUUCAGAUUACCGGUUCUUCUUUUCAUGGUGUCCACAUUCUUUGUUCAAUGUGUCAGUGUUUAUUUGGAAAAGAAUACCUCAAUUGUUUGUUCUUUCUGCCUAAUUCUGUGUGUCAGUGGUCUUUCUUUGGUUGUGUACAAGGGAUGUACAAAAAUGAAGCUUUAUUUUUUGUGCGGUAAAUAUUAGAGGACUUUUCAAAAGAUGAUCUUAAUAAUGCAUGGUAAGUGUCAAUAGAGAAAUACCAUAGAAAUAUUCUUAUAUCUUUGAUGUUAUUGAACCAAAUACUGCACGUUGCAUGAUCAAACAAAACAGCCCUCUGGUAGAUAGCUGGCUACAAAAUGGUACAGUUGGUCUUUUUUGGUCUACAUGAAUGUUGUGUUUUUUUCUUGUUGGUUCUUUGUUUUGUUUGAGCUCUUUAACAGAAUCCUUGUCUUGAUGAGCUUCAGUUACAUCACCGAGAGUUUAUUUCCUCAUAAUAACAGCAUUAGAGGUCUUGUAGGAAACAAUGUUUAAUGCUCCUCCUUUUUUGAUGCACAUGUUCUACAAGUUAUCUUACACAAAGAUCUAUCAGGGGAGCAAGGGAGUUCAGUCAUCAACAACCUCUUGCAAAUCUUCACCCCAGCUGAUGUGACGAAAUGGUCAACACUGCCAUGUUAUUGUACAAGAAUUUUUAAAAUACUCCUAGACACCUUGACACUGGGAAAUAUUGAAAGAAAA